AUGCACAAGUCAUCUUAUAUACGGAACCAGUCUGGAGGAAAAUUCCGGCAAAUCCUCCUGGCAGCCCUGGUAAUAUUAAUCGUUUCUAUGUGGUUCGGCCGCCACCUACUGUACACAACUUGGACACUCGCCGCCCUCCGCAUAUUCUGGCACGACAACGCAUCCGAUUUCAUUCUGUCCGAGUCGCACGACAAUUUCGACGUGUCUUUUGCCAACUACAGCAUACACCAAGUCAGUGCUGAGCCGUAUGAAGACGUGGUGCCGCCCAUCUUGCACCAUAUCGCAUUGGGAGACAACGAAGGCCGAUGGAAGGGUCGCUGGGGGGAGGCUGUACAGAGCUGCCUCGAUAUACAUCCUGGCUGGGAGUCACAUAUCUGGACCGACGACAAAGCCAGCCAGUUUGUCAGCGACAAGUUCCCUGAGCUGAGGGAGCUCUGGGACAACUAUCAUUAUCCCGUGGAGAGGAUCGAUGCCCUUCGAUAUAUGCUCCUGUACGCUUAUGGAGGAGUCAUCCUGGAUAUGGACCUCAAGUGCAAGCGAGCCUUGGGUCCGCUCCGACGCUUCUCCUUCGUUGCCCCCGAGGCUCACCCGACAGGCUUCUCUAUCGGGUUCAUGAUGGCCAGUAAGGGCAAUGCCUUUGUUGGCGACAUUGUCCGCAACCUCACCGUUUACAACAAAGAAUGGCUGGGGCUUCCGUACGCAACUGUCAUGUUCAGCACUGGCUGCCACUUUGCGUCGGUAAUCCACGUGUACGAAUCCAACCGAACCGACCUCAAGAUCCUCCCGGGGCCUCUGCACAGCUUGAACGGGCGGGUAUCGACACCCAUCUUUGACCACCUGGGCAGCUCAUCAUGGCACUCGUACGACGCGAAACUGAUUGUAACCAUUGGAAGCCGAAUCAACCUGAUUUUCUUCUUCUUUGUGGGAGUUGCGCUGGCGCUGUUUUUGAGGAGGAAGUCUCUGCUACGACGAUUUUAG